CGCCAACGGGUCCUACUCGCCUCACAGCACAGUCAACGGAACGCCCACGCCCUCGCCGCCUGCGCUGUCUUCGCCCCCCACGCACGCCCUCGACGCGUCCGCCGCGGCAGGAGCGGGCGCCAGGGACACGCAUCGCCAGAUCUCCAAGGUCCGGCGCUUCCUGACGACGCUGCACCAGUUCGCGGCCGAUAUCUCGCCGGAGGUGGGCGACCGCGUGCGCCACCUCGUGCUGGGGCUGCUGAGCGGCGGGGUCAGCGUCGAGGAGUUCCACGGCGGCCUGCAGGAAGUCACGCAUUUCCCUCUGCGCCCGUUUGUGCUGCCGUUCCUGCGCUCGCACCUGCCCCUCCUGCAGCGCGAGCUCCAGAGCCUGGCUCGGCGCGCCUCUAUGCCCGUGUCGCAGUACGUGGCGGUGCACGAGGCGGCGCUGCUGGAGGCGGCGGCGGGGGAGCCCACCGACUUCUUCUCCUCGGAGGUCACCAGCGGCAAACGGCGCCACGAAGGGUACUUUGAAAAUGGCGACAGCGGCGGAGGGAGCGGCGGCAGCGUGUCCCCGCCGCCCGCCAAGCGCCUCGGGAUCUUCUCGCCGCCCUACCCGAGCGUCGGCAUCAGUCCCGACUUGCCCGCCCACGCCAGGGACUACCGCACGCCCGCGCCCCCGCCCGAUGACGAGUGGAAGAACAUCCAUGUGAUGCUGACCUGCAUUCUGAGCAUGGUCGAGAAAACGCGGCGAGCGCUGACGAUGCUGCAGCAGAAGGAGGACCGCGACGGGGCCGGCGGGGCGCAGAGAAUGACCGCCGUCGGGGCCACGGACCUCCGCCAGAGGGCCGACUACGACGCCGAAGUGCGACGUCACGCGGCGGAGUUGGUGGCGCAGUCCAUCCGCACGACGGAGGAGAGGGUCUCGGAGGUCAAGCGGAAGGCAGAGGAGGCCGUGUCCGAGGUCCGGCGCGCGGCGGUGGCAGAGGUGCAGCGGGCCGUGGGCGCAGCAGAGGCGCGGGCGCAGGAGUUAGUGGCGGCGGAGAGGGCGAAGGUGGAGGCCCUGUUGCGAGAGGUCGGGCGGCGGGACCCCUCGGAGCCUCGGACAGAACCCCAGCAGGCGUGCUGGAACUGCGGCAGGAAGGCCCACGAGACCUGUAGUGGGUGCAACGUGGCCAGAUAUUGCGGACCCUUCUGCCAGCACAAGGACUGGGACUCGCACCACAAGGUCUGCUCGCCCGCGCUAGCCUCAACGUCGACCUCCUCCUCGAUAUCCUCGUCGUCGACCUCGUCCUCCACCGCCAUCAUCGCAGCCCUCGCCUCGAAAAGCAAGUUCAGCAAGGGCGCGGAGGCGGCGAAGAGCGAGUGACGUCUGGCCGAGGCAUCACUGAGGAGAAGGUUUCGGAGAAAGACGAGGAUCUUUUAGAUUCGCGUCAAAGACUGUGAGAGGAAAUUGGCAGUCGGAACGGCACUUUCAGAACUCUUAAGUGUUGCACAUGGAACGUUUCAAGUUCAUAUUUUCACAGAGGUUAGUAAGUUUCAUGAUAAUUCAUUGUGAUGUUUCAGUGUUUACUUUUUUAAAGACUGUCAAGAUAUUGGCUAUGAACUGAAAGACAGAUAUAGCUGUAAAAGAUAAAUGGAAAUUCCUUACAGUGGGCAGAAAUAAGUAAUCUUGCAGUGUUAAAAAUUACAACCAUUUGGGAACUUCAUGGAAAGGAAAAAUGCAUUUAAUUUCUCAUGGUGACAUUUACAACAAACAUGGAAAUUUGUAAAAAAAAAAAUGAUAAUAAUCCUAAGAGACCCACAGAGAGAAGUUCGGCCUCCACAUAAUGAGCUGUUGUGGAUGCCCUUGGUGUGCGAUAAGCAACGUGAUAAGAGCUGCUGAUCGGUCUGGAGAGGAAAUCCAUAUAAACAAUAAACAUAAAACGGCAUUACUGCAAACCUUUAAGUGCAUGUUGCAGAUGUAAAUGGUGUGUGAAACCAUACGGGACUGGAAUACCAUGGGCUGCACCAGUGUUGCCAUAGCUGUGCAUUACUCGAAAGAACGUGUUUUUCAUAUGAAAAAUUGUUUUAAAAACAAUUUGGAAUUGCCAUUUGGUCUUGUAAUUGACCUUUCAGUUAUGUAUGUGCAAGUAACCUUUUUUAAAGGUUGUUGUCACUGGAUUCCAUGCAUUGCUUAAAAAGAAAUGCAGCCAUCUUGAGGGAAUGAAUAUUUGCGUGACAAUUGAGCAGGCGCGGCAGCAGGGCAGAAAGCCUGCUUCCCGAAUUAUCAGACAUAGUCUUACCUUCGGAGUAAGACCCACGCGUGUGAUCGAGUUACUUGUAAAUACUUACACUUUAAAAUCAGUACAAAUGUUGAGCCAGAGGACAGAAGUGUCAUUUAUGAACUUGUGUUAUUACCCUGUGAACCAAAGACUGUAGAGAUAGACAAGUUUUAAUAGACCUGCUGGUGGGAUGUUCUUGGCGAGAGAUUUCCCAGUGAGUUCUGUACAUUCUAGCUGGCAAUAAGGAUUUCAGUGCAUGGUAGCAUAACUUCACUAGCAUAAUUUUUAUGUGUCUAGUCAAAAUGUAAAUGAAUGUUCAUGACAAAGCCUAGAUUUUCAGUGUUUGGAAGCUUUGAAAACUAUCAUACUCUUUUGAUAUCCAAAAGUCAGUUACUCCAAUCUUAUGAGUCUAUGAUAUAAAAAUAAAAUCUUACUGAAAUAGCCUAUUUAUUACACUUUUGUAAGAUGUACUAAAAUUAUUUCUGAAGCAGUUUUUUAUACAAAAAUACUACAGAUAUAUUAACAAUUAAGAUACACACCAUGAUAAAUUUUUCAGUAAGUUUGCCUCGGGUCAUUCUUAAUGCCAAAGCCAACCCUCCGCGGAGGCGCUCACCUGUGGUCCAGUCAGACGUCAAAGAUAAAACACUCACCAGCGCAGUGAACAACAUUUGUGCAAAUUGCCUUAAAUCGCAUUUGUGUGCUACUUUGCAAAUGGGUUUAAGUUACAGCUCGGCAAAUUGUUGGUACAAGACAUGACUGCGUGUACAUCACUUUGUAAUUGGCCAGUAAACAACUAUUACAAUUUUCCUUUUUAGUUUUAUAUUAUGCUCCAUUUGCUUUACUAUUAUCAGUGACUAAGUUGAAAAUUAUUUACAAGUGGUUAUGUAACGCAUUGUUGAAGAUUAUAUAUAGAGACUGUUUAUUAUUUAUUAACUUGCCAGCAGAUUUAUUGUGUUGAAUACAUCCGUGGAACAUUCUGCACCAGUUGAACUUGCAGAUGUACUGAAGGAGUCCACCAAAGCUUUGAAGACUUCCAGAAUGUAAAUUUAAUGUCUAUAAAUUUCCACAAUCCACUGUCUCCAGAACACAUAUAUCUGUUAAAUCAUGUGUAUUGUAUACCAGUGUCCUAUUUGUUUUGUAAAUAUAUCAUGUUUUAUCA